GAGCAGAAACACAUGACUAGAGAAUUUCGCUCACCUUUGCAAACAUUUAAACAAAUCACUGCACGGGAAAUUCACCUCAGUGUGGGGGGACAAUGGAGUCAGUCACGCAGAACAACUGCUGACCAACAAGCUAUGAAUCUGUGAAUGCAGAGAGGUGUCAGCGUGAGCGCUAGAUGUGUCCCACUCACAGUGACAGCUCUUUAAACACUCGUGCCCUCUCUCUGUGCUCCAUCAUGGCCAAUGUGUCCAUCUAUGAUUUCACCGUGGAGACCUUGGAGGGUUUCACCGAACCACUGGGCAACUACAGAGGCAAGGUGUUGCUUAUCGUAAAUGUGGCUACCUUCUGAGGGGCCACGGUAGAGGAGUAUCACAGACUGAAUGCACUUGUGGAUAUGUACAGUGAGCUCAACUUUGAAGUUCUUGGUUUCCCCUGUAACCAAUUUGGACUUCAGUCGCCUGAGGCAAACCACGAAACCCUGAAUGUUUUGAAGUAUGCCAGACCCGGUGCAGGUUUCAUCCCAAAGUUUCCAGUAUUUGCAAAAGUCGAAGUGAAUGGAUUGGAUGAGCAUCCCUUCUUUACUUACCUGAAGAACAGCUUGAGCUUUGUAAACCCUGUCAUUGGUGACAUUAAGAAAUUCUACUGGUCUCCAAUUAGAGUUAACGACAUCCGCUGGAACUUUGAGAAGUUCCUGGUACGUGCAGACGGAGUACCACAUAAGAGGUACGAACUUCAUAGUCCGUUCGAAGAGCUGCAACGAGACGUCGCAGACCUGCUCUAGAGACACAACCUUCAGGGCCGUUGAAAGGCUAGUUGCACCACUGGGAAAGGCACUGUGAAGAUCCCUCAGUAAAUGUCGCCUUGCACCUGGGUGGACCUGAUGAAAAGGGACAAGCGCUCAAAGUUUCAGUGCAUUCGCUCUGAGCCUAAUAUCCCACCAGCCUCCAGUGUGUUACUCUGCUUUCACAAGGCUUUACACAGCUUCUUCAGUGCUCUUUC